AAGAGGAAGAAGAAAAAGAAGAGGAAGAAGAAGUGGAAGCAUCCUAAAAACAAAGAAACAAACAUAAAACAGUAGGGUUCAGAUGUUAUGGUGGGUUUUUUCUGUAAGGGUAUGAUACUGAUAGUCUCAUGGAUUUGGUCAGGAUAUCACCUGAAGUGCCUGGUUCUGGGUGCGAUUUUUUUUUUCUCUCCUGGAAAAACACUACAUCUCCCAGAAUUCCUCAGCACUGACCGCCUCUAAAUCCGCAAUCUCAUUCAGCAACUGAGUAUUCGCGUCGAGGACAACAAUAUCUACCUCCGACCUACCUUUGUUGUUCCUCCGGAUGGAUUUGAGGACUGAAAGAGCUGUUAUAAGAGCUUCAUGAAGAGCUGAAGAAACACAACAGCAUGUUGGAGAGACUCUUGACGUAGUGACAUCUGAAGACCUGAAGAAGACGUUUUUGUUUUUUUUUGGAAUAAAAUACCAACAGGAACUCUUUCAGAUCAAUGACAUUUGAUGAAUUUAUAUAUAAGUAUGCAUGUUUAGUAGCUUGUGAUACACUGGGGUUUGGAGGAAAGCCAAUGAUUGGACACGGCUUUAGAUCUGAUGGUUUUCAAACGAUUCAUUUAAACAUGUCCACUUUUUCUUGUUCGGACAGGAAGGUUUGUUUGUGCAGACGUCUUUGCGUGUAGAUCAUGCGUGAAGCUUUAUCGAUUCUGAGCAGUUUGUACCGUCGAGGCUGUAGAUCAGUUUCCAGCCUCGUGCGCUUGCUUCAGGCUUUACAUCCUAAACCUGAAUUACGCCUUUGAUCAUUCAGUCCGGUUAAAAUGACUUCAUCGGAUAACGAUGAGACCGGGAAUGAUGUGUCGGAGUCUCUGGAAGUCACCAAUUUCCAAAGCCAAUAUUGCGACUCGGGGAGUUACUACAAAUCUAAAAGUUUACCAGUCCUCAACGGAGGCUGUCCAGCAGCUAAUAAGGCUUUGGAACCGAAGCUUCCGUCUACGUUAACGUCAAUCCAUGCAGACCGAGUUGUAUUUAGCGGGAUGCAGGGAAAAAGUGACUCUAGCCAGCUGGACUCUCCAACCCAAACCGACUUCUCACCUUCCAGCAUGUCCAGCAUGGUGGGUCUAAGCGGCUCUACGAGACCCGACGGCAACAGGGCUGGAGGUAAAAAAGUAGGCUUGUCUUUAGCAAGGAUUGUGGGAUUUCCAGCGAGGAAGUACGUCCGGGUGAUUCUGGCAGACUCAAGGUGUUUCCUUUUCUGUAUGUGCUACCUGACGUUCAUCCAGUCGCUGAUGGUUUCAGGUUACCUGAGCAGUGUGAUCACCACCAUUGAGAAGCGAUACAGCCUGAGGAGCUCCGAGUCAGGACUGUUGGUGAGCUGCUUCGAUAUCGGAAGCCUGCUUGUUGUGGUCUUCAUCAGCUACUUUGGGGGUCGGGGGCAAAGGCCGCGCUGGUUGGCCGUCGGUGGGGUUUUCAUAGCUGUCGGGGCGGCUCUGUUCUCCCUUCCCCACUUCAUCUCACCGCCGUACCAGAUCCAGGAAGUGAACUCAUCUGCAGGAAACGAGGGCCUCUGCUUGAACGGGAACGCCAGCGGCAGAGACGGCUCCGGCGUCCCGUCGUGCCCACGGGAGCAGGGUGGCAAGGAGCAUUCCGUCUACGUAGCGCUUUUCAUCUGCGCCCAGAUUCUCGUGGGAAUGGGUUCCACACCUAUCUACACUCUCGGCCCGACCUACCUAGAUGACAGCGUGAAGAAGGAGAAUGCCUCGCUUUACCUCGCUAUCAUGUAUGUGAUGGGCGCUCUGGGUCCUGCGGCUGGGUAUCUCCUAGGAGGAGUCCUCAUCGGCUUUUAUGUGGAUCCCAAAACUAUAGUUAAUAUUGACCAGAGUGACCCUCGCUUUGUAGGCAACUGGUGGAGCGGCUUUUUGCUGUGCGCCAUCGCCAUGCUGCUGGUCAUUUUCCCCAUGUUCACCUUCCCCAAGAAACUACCCCCUCGCCACAAAAAGAAGAAGAAAAAGCUCGGGACUGAUGAUGACACAGCCAGCGAAGAUGACGUCAUGAAGGAGAAAUCCAACAGCAAAGGUCAAACGGUGACCUCUUCCAUGGGCUUUGGGAAGGACAUCAAAGAGCUCCCCAAGGCGGCCGUGAGGAUCCUGAGCAACAUGACCUUCUUGUUCGUGAGUCUCUCCUACACGGCCGAGAGCGCCAUCGUCACCGCUUUCAUCACCUUCAUCCCCAAAUUCAUCGAGUCGCAGUUCGGGAUCCCCGCCUCCAACGCCAGCAUUUACACAGGUGUGAUUAUCGUACCCAGUGCUGGCGUGGGCAUCGUGCUGGGCGGCUACAUCAUCAAGAAGCUGAAGCUCGGCGCUCGUGAGUCGGCCAAGCUGGCGAUGAUCUGCAGCGGAGUGUCCCUGCUGUGCUUUUCAACGCUCUUCAUCGUGGGUUGUGAGAGCAUUAAUCUAGGGGGCAUCAACAUCCCAUAUACCACAGGGCCAACUCUGACGCUGACUCACAGGAACCUGACGGGCAGCUGCAACGUGAACUGUGGCUGUAAGAUUAACGAGUAUGCGCCAGUCUGCGGCUCUGACGGCAUCACCUACUUUAACCCCUGCCUGGCAGGCUGCAACGCGGUUGGCAACGACAGCACCGGGAUCAGAAAUUACACGGACUGUGCGUGUGUGCAGAGCAGGCAGGUCAUCACACCUCCCGCUGGUGGCCAAGGCAGUCAGCUCCAGCUGGUCAUCGUGAAGACCUACCUGAACGAGAACGGUUUCGCCGUGUCCGGGAAGUGCGACCGCACCUGCAACACGCUCAUCCCCUUCCUCAUCUUCCUUUUCAUCGUCACGCUCAUCACUGCCUGUGCCCAGCCCUCCGCCAUCAUCGUCACUCUCAGGUCAGUAGAGGAGCAGGAGAGGCCGUUUGCUUUAGGAAUGCAGUUCGUGUUGCUGAGAACGCUCGCCUACAUCCCGACACCGAUCUACUUCGGCGCCGUGAUCGACACUACGUGUAUGCUGUGGCAGCAGGACUGCGGCGUGCACGGCUCGUGCUGGGAGUACGACGUCACCUCGUUCCGCUUCGUCUACUUCGGCCUGGCAGCCAGCCUCAAGUUCGUCGGCUUCGUCUUCAUCUUCCUCACCUGGUACUCCAUCAAAUGCAAGGAAGACCGGCUGGAGCGCCGUCGCCCGAGCCUGCCUCCGCUCGGCACGGUGAGCGAGCUCGUGUGUCAGGUGGGUGCGCGCAAGUGCCACGCACGUACUCGCUCCUGCCCGGCGUUUACGCUCGAUCCGACACCGCUUCACCACAGCCACAGCAUCCAGAGCUGCCCGGGAAACACUCUCAAAGCAAUAACGCCCCCGGUGCACCCCGUACAGGAGGUCCACGCCCGCGUCUGAGAUCUAACUCCAUCCUCUCCACGUGCCUUCCUCGAUUGGGCGCAAACCUUUUCUUGAAGUUCAGCUGACGCCCUGCUGAGUAUCACAGCUGUUUUUAAGGUUCUCAUCAGCGCACAUCUUUAAAAAAAAAAAUCAUAAUUAAUAAUAAUAAAUGAAAUACUUGUCGAAGUGUGCAUUGUACAUUGUAAAAGACAUCACAUGGUGCUAAGUGGGUUUGGGGGGAGGGGAUGGGUCAGGGGUCAGUCCUGUUCAGUAUCAUGUCUUGGAUAUUGAGAUGUCUUGGAUAUCAAAACGUCAUCACAAGCACAACUGGAAAUCUGUUCUAUGCAAACUCUGCCACUUUGCCCCGCUGCGUAUCGCUGUCUAUUGUGUAUCUCUCAUUUACAACGAGACGCAACCGUCGCCUGUCCUCGCUCUGUUUCUCUCUCCUGCUGUCUCUCUUUUGGAAGUUAGGCCAGUACGGAAGAGAAGAAUGGCUGUCUAGGUUGCUGGAAUUUUCCUGAACUUUCCGGCGACGUGGUCCCUCAAGGUUCGGUACUGUGGCCCGUUAAAGUGCUAUGAAAUAUGAGUAAGGAUCAGAGGGACAGCUAAAUUACACCACGAGAGAACUCUAUCAUCCCCAUCAUCAUCAUGAUCCCUAAUUAGAUCAGUAUAGAUGUAAUACCACAAUAAGAUCAAUGUGUUCCACUAAGCAAAUCAAACACAAAACACAAGCUCGGUGAGACGCGCUGCUCGAUUUCUCUGGUUCCGGUCCACACAGACCCGUCUGUACUUUGGCAGUUUAUUGUCAGAUCUGAUGCUGCAUGGUUCGAUCCCAGCAAACCUGGCCAUUGCUCACGCUCUCCUCCUCUCGUCGCUGACGGAGCUCAGCCUGAGCACUUCAACGCUUUAGCAAUAGUGUUACUAAACCCUGUGGCAUACACGCAGAGUAUUUUGAUACUACUGAGAGGUAUCGAUAUGUCCUCAGAAGGUUCUAGGCAUCACCACAUCUACUACCCUAGUAGAUGCAUAUUCGCAGUUCAAAAUAGUCUCUGAGCAUUUCAUGACGCCGGUAUGCGAAUCUCUAGAACAAGCCAACCGAUAUUACACUCGACGCCUACGAAGAAUAUAAACCUCUGUCCUCCGAUGCUGCAUCGUUUUCGCGUAAUGUAGUGUAGUUCGUUAGGCGAUUCGGACGGGUAGCACAGCAUGCUAGAAAUAAAACCUGUCCAAAUAUGAAUCGAAAUUUCAUCCAUGGAAUAUGAAAAAUAGAUUUGAAUCUCUAUGUCUACUUCUACUUGUAUUACUACUAAGAAUUUAUUCCUUCACAUUUUGGCCAGUUCUACUGUAUUUUUAUGAAACCCUUGUUUGAGUAUAAUAUUGUGAAGACAGAAUUAUUAUAAUUUUUUUUUUUUAAUUACUGAAACAAUAGCAUCAUUGCAAGCAAGACCUGACCUUGAAUCUUCACUUGCUGUUCAGUCUUCAAUCCCAACCCCUGGGCUUGGGAUAUCUGAAAGGAACACUUCCUUCUUAUUAUUAUUAUUAUUAUUAUUAUUAUUAUUAUUAUUAUUAUUCAAAUCAUUUCACUGUAAAAUGAACAGAAUCACGUGAGAAAUCUGUGACAGCUUUUGUAUUCCCAGUCAGUGUUUUGAUGUAAAGGCCAUUUGUCCCCCAGUGCAGUCGUGAUGUAACUGGGAAGUGCCGCGGUUUUGUUGUUCUGGGCUCCGGUACAUCGCUUUAAUAAGCUUUGAGUCAAGGAUGUGUAUGAAGACUUGAACCCUUCAUAUCCAAUGUGUAGAAAACCAAAAUAUCAAAAAAUGGCCAUCAGUGAACAAGUACUCAUGGACUGGGCUGUGAAGUAUAAAAAUGGUAAAUACAUUUUUUUUUUUCCUUCUUUUUUUUUUGUCUUUUUUUUUUGGUCUAAAACUUGGCUAAUUUAGACUAUGCUUUGAAAAAGAAAAAAAGGUGAACAUGUAUAACAAAUAAUGAAGCAAAUCUGUUUGUUUUCUGUGCCUAAAUUAUGUAAGUUAUAUGUGAGAUUAUGAUAUACAGCGCAUAAAUUGUUUCGUUUUUGCAUUGUAUUAUAUAUCAUUUUUGGCGUGUUGACGUUGAACUUUUUCUUUGGUUUGAUUAACCUCCAUCACCAAAAGACCCUUACAUAUCUAUUAUUAUUAUUAUUAUUAUUAUUAUUAUUAUUAUUACAACAGAUGUAAAUGUCUGACUAUGCCUCUGCUUUGUGAGAAAGGCUCGAGUGACCGUAUGGUAUUAAGGCAUGGUGUUUGGGGGUCACGUUGCUUGCACUUUUCUUCUGCCUGCUGUGAUAAAUGAACUGGAGAUCUCUGUGCCACAGUAAACCUUCCCCCACUGGUACUAAUGCACAUCUCUGUGAUGCAACAUGACCUGAAAUCAGUGGCCGCGUUGAUGGGUUUUUUUUUCCCCCCUCCCUUCUAUGUCGUCUUCUGAAAUGGUUCAACUCUGGGUAUGUUAAGCAGGCUAAAGCCGGUUCGAGAAUCAUCUUCACACCCGAGCCUCUCCACCCUCAGUGCUGUCAGCAUGCGUGAUGAUCAGUUUGAGGCAUGAGAUGUUCUAAUUAAUUUGUGGAUUACUUCAGGUAGAUAUUUUACUUUCGUGGAUGAGAGGGGGGUGUCAUCAUUUUUUAGCAACAUAUUAUUGACAUGUAUUUAUUGAAAUAAAAAGACAAAGCUGUAUUGGAAAGGUCACGCUCCUGCUCUGCAUUCCUCAGGAAACAGAAGUGAACAGAUCGUGGCAACACUUUUGUUUACAGAUGCCUUGAAUACUUGAUAAUUGUCAUUAAAAAAAAAAAAAGGAGAAUAAAAAUAACUGUCUAUAUUUUGUGUCUGGAAGUCGAAUACGUAGCUCAUGUAAGGAAUGAUUGACACUUUCGAGUGUGCUGUUAUAGGAAAAUAAUCAACAACGGGGUGGGUGAAUAUUUCCCACACGUUCUGAUGUAAUUUAGGGUUGGUUUGUUUUUUUAAAGAAACAUCUGGAUGUGUAAGACAGUCUGGACAUUUUAACUGCUCUACAGGAACAUGUUGAAAUGAUUAUGUAUUGGAAUGUUUCAUCAUAAUCUGAUUAUUUUCGGGGUUUUUUUUAACGUUAAAACCUAUUAAUAUGCUGAUUUAAUUUCUUUACCGAACAGCAUCUUUAUUUCUCCUGUAAAUGACGAGCUCACUGUCGCCACCUAGUGGUGCGUGUAAUGAUCACGCAUACAAGGGUUUUCCCAACCUGUUCUUUGUUUAUGUAAGUAAGUAUUAUUAUUUAUUAAUAAAUUAUCAAGAGGGGGUUAAAAAAAGAAAGAAAGAAAAGGAACAGAAUUCAGCUAUUCAAUAAACAUAACUAGAAAAAGAUUUUUUUUAAAAAUGACUUGUUUAAUGAAUACAAGCUUUCAAUCUGCUUCAUCACACCAGGUUGUUGAUUAUUUUCCUAGAACAGUAUGACCCAUAAAUUGUAUGAGAGUGUUGUUUUAUUGUUAAAUGUGUGUGUCUUGUUCUAGAAGUUCGCACAAAGCUCAGACAACGCAGCAUGUAAGAAAAAGCUGAACUUUUAUUUUGAAAUGACAAACUACUGUCAACUGACUUGAAUGAAAAUGAACAGCUUUUACCUGUUGAGCGUGAAAAUAUAUUUAAAAAAAUAAAAUAAAAUUAAAAAAAGCAGCUCGGUUUGCUCUGUAGUACCAUUUUAAGCUGAAAAAAUAUGUACAACAUAAAUGACCAAAUUAAGAAACACUUUAAAAAAAAAAAAAAAAAAAAGCCUUGUAGAUCAAAACAUACAAUAAUAAUAAUAAUAAUAAUAAUAAUAAUUAAGCCUAAUAAAUACCCAUCGUUUUUCCGUUUCUUCAUAAGGAGUGAUGCGUCUUUACAAGGAAAUACGGCGUACUUGCAGAAAGCAGUGCCCUCUUGAGAAUGGAAAUGAAUGUUGUGUUUCAAGAACAGCACACGAAGGCGAAAAGCAAAUACGGUUCCGAUUGUGCAGUUUUGCGCUUGCAAAUCAUAUACUGAGACGAAAGUGUGAAUCGAUCUCACAUGCAAUAGCUUUAGAACGUCGAGACGAGUCGUAGAAACUGAAGGGUGGGAGG